AUGGAUUCCGAAACCGACACCGACUGGACAACGAUCAGGGGUGACAAUGAAUCUGAAUUGGAAGUAAGCACAAGGUCCACCACACCAAUAAAAAAGAGAGCAAGAUCAAUUUCCUCUUCGGAAGAUUACAAUAAUGACAUUGGUGAAGAUUCUCAAACGAGUUCUGUGGGUUCAAACCCUGGUUCAUCAAGCGGCGGGGAAUCAAAGAAAAAGAAAAAAGUAAAGUCGAGUUAUGUCAAUUCAAAAAACAAUAAUAGAACUACUCUAAGAAAGCAUAGAAAACCCGGUAGCCCCACGAGAUCUAAGAGGCAGACGAAGCCUUCAACGAAACAAUCUAUUCCCAUCCAACCCGCAAGAAAACGAGGGAGACCAGCUGGCAUCAAGAAUCGAACUCCGAUACAACAUGAUAUUGAUAAUGGUUACGGAAAGGAUUACGACUCUCAAAUUAUUCAUAGAAGAAAUUCGGGAAAACUAACGAUAAUAGAAGAAAAUGAUGUGUUUGCUAAAGAUAAUGCUGGACAGACAAAUUUACACCGGGCAUGUCAGUCGUGUUCGGAGGAAAACCUAGACAUGGUUAAAGCGUUAAUUGGCGGAGGUGCUGAUGUUAACGUUCGUGAUAAUGCGGGAUUGACGCCCUUGCAUGAAGCCGUGAAUUCACAAAAUUAUGAAGUCGUAAAAUACCUGCUAGAAGCCGGUGCCAAUCCAAACAUAGGAGAAUCUGAUGCGGUAGACACGCCGCUUCAUGAUGCCGUAAACAUAAUGCACGAGGAGAUAAUUUCUAUCUUGAUUGAUUAUGGUGGAGAUCCUGAAAAAACGAAUUUAAGUGGAAUGACGCCGAAAAUGCUGGCUGCGGAUGAGCCCGAAAUUUUAUCGCUUCUAAAAUCAGCUAGCAAAGUCAAGGAACCAAAUUCAUUGAUAAUUCAAAAGAAUACUGAAGCUAAAGUUUCUGAGGAAUUUAGAAGAAUUCCAUCCGGAGAAACAGGCAAAAUCCUGCAUCGGAAGUCUAUACCCAGUCACUCGGGACGUCCGACGCGCUCAACUAAAAUGAGCGGUAGGCCAAGUGAUAGAAGCAGAUGCAAUGAUAGCCUGAGGAACAACGGUGCUAGAGGAAUAACGUCGUCGAAUGAAGUCUUGAGACUCGAUCUCUCGAUCGACUCAAAAACUGGUCGUAGUAGGCUACAUCAUUACUCGAAGUUAGGUCAUGCUGAAGCAGUAGUCGGUAUAUUAGAAAUGGAUCCAUCUAUAAUCAACCUUCCGGAUAAGCCAAGUAAAAGGACAUCUUUGCAUGAAGCUUCAAUAGAAGGGCAUCAUGAGAUCAUAAGCUUUUUACUUGCCUACCAAGCUAAUAUCAAUGCUCAAGAUAAAUAUGGAAACACUCCUCUUCAUUAUGCCUCAUUUUAUGGACAUGGUGAAGUGAUUAAAUUGUUAUUAGAGCACAACACUGCACUUGAGAUUAAAAAUGAGGAUGGUAAAACUCCCUUAGACAUGGCUCGAGGUCGAAGGCAUAUUAUACAAUUGAUCUGUCAGGCCCUCGGUGUUGAUUCUGAAAAGUACUUAUCCAAUAAUGUCAUAACAAAAUCGGAAUCCAGACUUGAGAAAAAUAAUGAAAUGCAAUCCGUAUCCAAAAGCACACCAGAGCCCUGCGAUGAUUCAAAAAAAGAAAUAGGAUCUGUGAACAUUGAUGUACCAGCAGUUCAAUCAAAAGCAUUCAGCGUUGAGUCGGAAAAAAAGAGCUCCCCCUGCGAAUCGAUAUGUAACAUGGAAACAGACACCGAUCUUGAACCAAUAUAUCAGGAAAGUGAUGGUGAUUUUUCAUGUUCAUCACUAUCAGAUACUGAAGAAUCUCAACCAAAAACACCAGUUUUAAAGGCCGGACCUAUAUAUGCUUUUCAAUUUGAUCCUAAAAUCGAAGGAUACCCACUGGUCCCUUAUACGGGCAAUGAGGAUGCACGAUUCGUUAUUGAUAUUCAAAUCGAGAAGUACCUUGUGUGGGAUCGUGGGUCUUUAGCCAAAAAGAUAAAUCAGAAUAUAGCUCGAAGGAAGGUUACGUUUGAUGAGAAGCGUAUGUUGUGGCCAUUGCUAAACAAAGAACUUUGGAGGGAUCCGGUGCCGGAAAAUCAUUUAUUUGAAAACAUUCAAACAAAGCGAAGAUCACAAUUUGAUAAGUGGGAACUGCACUUUAUUAAGGUAUUAUUCAUUAUGCUCGGGCCAUGGGAAGGGCGUCAAAUUGGAGAUCUCAAAAUAUUUCCUAUUGAUAUAGUCAGCAAUGAUGGCAAUAUAGACGAUGCGGAAGAAUCAGACGGCUGA